CCCCUUCUCGUCUCCGGGUUUCUCGUUCCAAAGAAAGAAAGAAAGAUCGAGCUUCGAGCUUCGAGCUUCGAGCUUCGAACUCAGUGACUCAUCUAUCCAUGGCGUCCGGCAUCACUCCGUUGGAACUCCACCUCCACCCUUUACCAACUCCACAAGAAGAGAUCCAAGAAGAAGAAUUAUCACCAUCGUCAUCAGCGCCAUCGGCCGGGGCGAGCAGCUUUCUCCCGAGAUCCCACUCCACUACUCCCCGCCACCAGCUUCAUGGCUCCCCGAGAUCCUUUGGAUCUGGAGACUCCUCUCCUUUCCCUUUGUUAGGUAGCAGCAGGUUCUCUCAUCCUCACUUGGGAUCGGAGAGUAGCUGGAGGAGUUUGGUUCUCCGAUGGUGGAGCCAGAUGAAGGAACCACGGGAGAAGCAGAGGCUAUGGCUCAACAGGAGGAAGGGGUGGCAACGGAGGAGAGCGAGAGGAGUUGCGGCUUGGAUAGCGGUUGUGGGUUUCUUCUUUCUCAUGAACUGGCGGAUGUUUUCUCGGCUUCAGGAGAGCUCGGAUGUCAGCGAGGAUCUCUUGGGAUUCUCGAAUAGUAGUAGUUCUCGUAUCGUGAAUAAUUGGAGUAAUAAUGAUAACGCCAAAAAACCUGGGAAAGUCAUGUUUACCAGGCUGCUGGCUGUGGCAGCUCAUGCCUUGGCAGAGAGAGAGAAAAGACCGGAGCCUCCAGAUUUAUGGAAGGAGACCCUUAUUUCAUCCUCUUUAUGGACUCCUUGUGCUAAUCAGCGUAACUGGAGAACUUCUGAGGGUAGCAAUGGAUACCUUCUUAUUAGUGCAAAUGGAGGUAUAAACCAACAACGUGUGGCUAUCUGCAAUGCUGUUGCUAUUUCUCGAUUACUCAAUGCAACUCUUAUUGUUCCAAAAUUUUUGUACAAUAGCGUUUGGAGAGAUAGAAGUCAGUUCGGCAAUAUAUAUCAGGAGGAGCAUUUUAUAAAUUAUCUGAAAGAUGAUAUUCGAAUUGUGAAGGAACUGCCAAUGGAACUGCAGUCAUUAGACUUGGAAGCAAUUGGUAGUGUUGUGACUGAUGCAGAAGUGAUGAAAGAGGCAAAGCCAAGUAUUUACUUGAAAAAGAUUCUUCCGAUUCUUCUUAAAAAUUCUGUUGUCCACAUUAUUGGAUUUGGAAAUCGAUUAGCAUUUGACCCAAUACCAUUUGAACUGCAGAGGCUUCGAUGCAGAUGCAACUUCCAUGCCCUACAAUUUGUACAAAAAAUACAAGAAACUGGUGCUUUGCUUGUCCAGAGGAUGCGUAAUCAUAGAUCACACUGGAAACCAAUUGAACAAAAUCUGUUUGGUCAGUUUGCAGCAAAAACAAGCAUAAAUGAGAAGAAGUCCUCUUCUAAAACUGCCUCAAGAUACUUAGCUGUGCAUCUCAGGUUUGAAAUUGAUAUGGCUGCAUAUUCAAUGUGCUAUUUUGGUGGUGGAAAAGAUGAGGAAGAGGAGCUAGAAGCAUACCGAGCAAUUCAUUUUCCUGCAUUAACACUUAUCAGAAACACCACAAAGGUACCAUCGGCUGCAUUCUUACGAUCUGAAGGACAGUGUCCUCUAACACCUGAAGAAUCAGUUCUCAUGCUUGUAGCCCUUGGUUUCAAGCGUAAAACAAGGGUAUAUCUUGCAGGUGCAAAUAUUUAUGGAGGGAAGUCCAGAAUGGCCGCAUUGACUAGCCUAUAUCCUCAUUUGGUGACCAAGGAAAGCCUUCUUUCGUCAUCUGAAAUUUCACCAUUUCUUAACUUCUCAUCCCAGUUAGCUGCCCUUGACUUCAUUGUAUGCGCGGCUGCAGACGCAUUUGCUAUGACAGACUCAGGGAGCCAGUUUUCAUCUCUUGUAUCAGGUUAUCGAAUGUACUAUGGUGGUGGAAAAUUACCCACCAUACGACCUAACAAACGCCGGCUGGCUAAUAUUUUCUUGAAGAAUAAUACUAUUGAGUGGAAGACAUUUGAGCAGAGAGUGCGGAAGACUGUGAGGCAGACUAAGCAGGUUGACGAAAGGCCAGUUGCGAGGAGUGUUUAUCGACACCCGAGAACUCCAGCGUGCAUGUGCAGGACUGAGUAAAACUGUCUAAACAUUUUCUUUCCGGGGCUGAUACUAAACCGAUUUUUCUCCAUUGCAGUAAGUUACAGAGCGUUGACCAAAUGAUUGUAAUUUGCAGAUUAACCUGAAUUUUAGGUAUUGCAUGGGCAGGGGAAGGAUUUCUAGUUGUCAGGAGAGCGUUUAACCUAUGUUGAUUCACUAUGUAAAUGAUACACUUGUGUAUUCCAUUAAAUUGUUGAUCUUUUUCAUAAUGGAAAUGGUGUUAUUGUUGAGAGG